AUGCGUCGGCUUGAUAGCAUCACCGUUCAAGCCUAUAUUUCAACACGUGUAUGUCUGGGAUCACUUGUAGCAUUUGGCAAGCUUCAGGAAGCUCCGUCAAUGCGUGUCACUGCUGUUAGGAGACGGUUCAUGAUGCCAGUUUCGCCUUUAAGGGCAAAUGUUGGUUCUAGUGGGCCUGCAUCACCUUCCCAUCCAGCCGUUGGAGUCAUUUCCCCAGUUCGUUCAUUGGCACUUGCUCCUUCUGGUUUGCCUGUGGUGGUACAAGCAAGAAAAGGUGGUGCUCCUAUUCGGAAAAUCCGAAUUUUGCAUGUGGUUCCAUCGUCAGACGAGGAGACAAAGUCCCAUGAUAUGGGCCUUCGUCCUCGUAAAGUACGCAUGGUUGUAUCUGUAGACAGGCUUCUUGGCGGUUUCGGGGAAGACACUACCGCCCAGGAGUGGAGUAGAUGCGCCCAUCCUCCAGUUACAAUGAGUUCGCUUGUGGGUCAAUUAAGUUCCCCUAUGGAUGGUGACCUUUGUUAUGUCGCGGCCCAGACUUCUGUCCUUGUGGUCGCUAUCGCCGACCGGGUUUGGCGCAUAGAUGUGGAGCACCAAGUUCUUUAUGAGCAGGACUGCAUUGUGGCCUCCGAGAAGGCCGCUUUGGAGGAUCAAUUGGCCACGUUGGAGGUUCUUCCUCAAACUCCAAGGGUUGAUUUGUGUUUUCCCUUUUUUUCGCUGUGUAAUGUAGUUGCCGUCUUUUGUACUAAGUGUACAGUAAAAAAUGUUCUUCGUUGA